GGGCAUGAACUCACCCAAAUCUCUGUCUUCAAUUCUUACUCUCCAUGGUCAUAAACUUCCUCCAAUCAUUGACAAGCAGACAAGCGUCUCAUAUUCCGCCACGUGGCGGCCAUAGAAAAUGCCACAUCGACGCCUACUCAUAAAAGCCCCCAUUUAUCUUUUUCUCUUCUUCCCGGAACAUAGCAAAACGGUGAUCCGGAGCUCGACGGCGGAAGGAAAGAAAAGAAUUGGAAUAAAUUAUGCGAAAGGUUUCGCAGAUAUCUGGUAUUCUCCGUCUAGGAUUUUCUCAGAGAAGACCCUCUUGUGGAUACAAUCUCUUCAUCCGUUCGUAUUGCGGCUCUGAUCCUUCCAAACCAUCGGGUCCAUUGGCGCACUACAGUAAACUGGUGCAGCAAGGGAGGCUGCGACAUGACCCGUACCAAGAAAAAGUGGCUGUUGCAUUGGAGAAUCUGCUGGGAAGAUUGGAGCAGUUUGAGAAAGACAUGGAAGAAUAUCAUGUGAAGUUAGCUGAGUGGGAGAAGAGAAGGGAGGAAGAGAGACGAAGGCUUCUGGUGGAAGAAGCUGAGAAGAAGCAAGAGGAUGGUAUGUGGGCAUCAGUGAACAAACAGGGUAAAAUGCUUUUGGGUAGAUGGGUUUUAGGGAGGAGACAGAUGAAUGUAGAACCUGGCGUGGGUAAGUGGGUUUCGUACCUCAACCGAGAGAGAAGAUUGGACUCGCUUGUCGGUUCUCGUCCCAGUCCACCUUCUGCUCCUAAAGGAUUAUAUAUCUAUGGAAAUGUAGGGACCGGGAAGACAAUGGUGAUGGAUAUGUUUUAUGGUGCGACUGAUGGGAUCAUCAAACAUCGCCAAAGGUUUCACUUUCACAAGGCUAUGCUGAAAAUUAACGAGCAAAUGCAUAAGUUCUGGGAAGAAAACAAGGCAGAAAAAACCCUGCAAACCAGCAUAUCGAGCUGGAUAUUGAACCUUCCUGUCGAUACAAAAGUUAAGGAAUGGUUAGCUGCUGAAGAAAGGUAUAAGCAGGAAAUUCAAAUGAAACAUAUUCUUCCCGCUGUGGCGGAUAAGUUUCUCGUCAAUCAACAAGCAAGUGAAAAGGGAGCGAGCCUCUUAUGUUUUGAUGAGAUACAGACUGUUGAUGUCUUUGCUAUUGUGGCCUUAUCUGGAAUCAUGAGCAGAUUGUUGACUACUGGAACUGUUCUUGUUGCCACCAGUAACCGAGCACCGAGGGACUUAAAUCAGGAUGGAAUGCAGAAGGAGAUUUUUGACAAAUUUAUCACGAAGUUGGAGAAGCAUUGUGAGAUAAUCCCAAUAGGAAGUGAAGUAGAUUACCGCCGACUCGCAGCAGAAAAAUCCGUCGAGAAAGUUCACUACUUCUGGCCUUCGGGGGGCACUGCUCUGCAGGAGUUCGAGAAAAUGUGGACUCAGAUCACUGACCAAUCCGGCGGAAAAAUCACUUCUGCAAUUAUCCCGGUGAUGUUUGGGAGAGUGAUGAAGGUACCUGAAAGCUGUAAUGGGGUGGGACGGUUCACAUUCGAGUAUCUGUGCGGUCGCCCGGUCGGUGCAGCUGAUUAUAUUGCCGUCGCCGAAAACUAUCAUACCGUCUUCAUAUCUGACAUUCCUGUCAUGAGCAUGAAAAUACGUGACAAGGCACGUAGGUUCAUUACCCUCGUUGACGAGCUAUACAACCACCAUUGUCGCCUUGUUUGUUCCGCGGAAGCAUCUAUAGACGAACUGUUCCAAGGAACCGAAGAGGGUACCCUCUUUGAUCUGGAAAGUUUCCAGUUUGAAACCGAGACAGAAGAUUCGAGACUGAGGCGAGACGUGCUAGCGGAAGGUAGCGUAAGCGCAGCUGGUGCACCAUCUUCCAUUGUUUCGAUGCUUUCGGGCGAAGAAGAGAUUUUUGCAUUCGCCCGAGCUGCGUCGCGGUUGAUGGAGAUGCAGACUCCAAUGUACAUUGAAGGAGUUCGUUUGUCGCAUGCUUACUUCCAACACCAAAAGCCACAAUAAACGACAAAUACAAAAGGGUCACAACAGUGAUGCUCUUAUUCAUCAAACUCUUCUUCAUAUGAUUUCACUUUCCUUGCAAAUAUGAUUCCGUCUUUGCUUUACAUCCCAUUGAUUCAUUGGGAAUCUUAGUAUUUAUAUUCUUCAUCAUCAUGAACAAUAAUGAUGCUCUUGCAUCGGCUAAGUGACAGUUUCAAGAAAGAGAAUCCUUGAACUUUUCUUUUCCUCCAUAGCA